AUGACAGUGCCACAGAGGAUAAAGGCAAAUGGAGAUAUUGUUGAUGAUGAAAAUACUCCAAAUGGGAUGGUUACAGGAUGGGAUUAUGCAAACGAAAAAUUUGAUAUGAAAGUACCUGAAAGAAUUCUUGUUGCAGGUCAAGAUCAGCAUAUAGGCACUAAAGCUCCUCCACGUGAAAUUCAAUUGGACAAUGCUGUUUUGCCGACUGACCCAGGCAUGGUUCGUGUGAGCACACCUCCUCGAGUUAUUACUCUUGAUCAACAUUACUUCCCAUCAGCAGAUGACUACCCUAUGGAUUUGCCAAAUUCUCCACCAAGGAAUGUACGAAUGAUUAACUCCAUAAAUGACGGAGUAAAAGCAAUUACUCCAUUCCCUGACCAUUUCAAUGAAUCAACUAUGACUGAAUCACGUCUUGUGCUAAGAGACCCCACACCUCCAAUGGGCAAUGGAGAAGGACUUUCCACUUCAGAGGAGCUGGUACAUUUACGAAGGCAAAUUGUCAAAUUGAAUCGACGUGUGAUGGCUAUUGAAGCUGAACAAUUGCAACGUCAACAAAAAGAAAAAAUUGCUUAUGCAAUAAGUAUUGCAUAUUUAUUGUUUAAAGUUAUUGCUUGGCUGAAUAGGUCU